UGAUGAGUGAAGGAGAAGAGGAGGAGGAGGAGGAGGAGGCUUCGCGGCGGAUGAGAGGAGAGGAGAACAACAUAAAUGUCACCGUUGGACAGCCGCUUGGAUCCCCAGACAAUUAGUCAGAUUACAUUUUCAGGAAGGAUCCGCAAAGGGGUAAAAUAACGAUGAAGAUUUAGGUUAACGUUAUGUUGAGCCGUAGCGUUAAUUCUUCCUGGAAUAAACGAUGUUAAAUCGACGGUUGAACGUUCCCUCAGGGAUAUGGUCCCAGCUCUCUCCAAAGUCCUGAAAGAUGGCCAUGGGAUCCACCUGUCCUCGCCUCCCGCUACUGUCAGAAUGGACUUGGAUGCUCGAGCCAUGCGUGGUACUGAGCUGGAGUCUCCAAUGAGGCCCAUAGACAAUGGAGACCUCCAGAAGUUGUGGCUGACACUGUCUCGGUGUCCCUCCCUGGACUCCGGUCUCCCUGCCAUCCUCCUGGACUUCCCUGCCGACCCUCUGCUUUCCCCGUGUCCGCCAGCGUCCGCCAGCCAGUGUGAGACGGUGCUCCAUCCCAGCCCUGCUUCCCUCCUCAGUCUCUUUUCCCUCAACAAAGUCCUGCGAAAUUCUCAUCAGGCGGCCUGCGUCUUCCCAGGUGUACCAGACAUGUUUUUAGUCCCUGACCCCGAGCACAAUAGCCGAGAGGCUCGCCUGCUGCAUGGGCUCAGUGGUGCUCCUGAAUGUGGGCCAGAUGGUGUGCUUCACUUCCCUCUUAUCCUUACCAGUGUUCCUCCUUCGUGUUCGCAUGGGGAGAGAGACUCCCAGGUUUACACUCCCUUCGUUGCACGUCCGCCUACGCUGACACGGGGUAAAGCGGCUGCGACGGGCCGACGUCUUCCAUCUUCGGUGCGGCCUUGCAGCGGCAGGAUGAACUCUCACCGGCUGCCGUCCAGAACCGAGCUGGAGGCGGCCGUGACGGAGCAGGUAGGCCGAGCUCAGAGGCUCCAGAGGAGACUGCAAGCCCUGCUCGGAACGCACGCUUUGCUCCACUGCGACCAGCAGCUGGAGGGGCUGAAAAGGCACGGUCAGUCUCUCGACAGCCUGGACUCCACGCUUUCUGGUGUCCCGCCUCCGCAAGUGGGAAGUGAAACCCAUUGUUCCUGGCGGGAGUCGUCCACAGCAACGUGCUCCUUCACAGAGCUCACAGAGUUCAGCCGCUCCAGCCAUGCGGUGCUGAGGGGCAUUCAGGAGGCUUUGGACUCCGAGGCCACGGCCAGCAGCUGCUCAGAUGAGGAGGAGGAGGAGGAGGAGGAGGAUAACAUCCCUGGCAGAACCAAGACUUCACCUGUAAGCAGCAGCAGCAGCAGCAGCAGCAGCAGCAGCUGUGAGGGGCCGUGGCUGGAAGAGAGAGCGGAGCUGGGCAGCAGAUGGACUUGGUUGCAGCUCCGUCUGGCCGAGCUGGAGGGGAGGAUACAGCGGUUGGUGGAGCUCUACAAGCACAUCCGCUCGACCAAGGGUGGAGUGGUGCUUGCGGAGUCCCAGCCGCUGACGGACAGACAGAUUCAGCAGACCUUGCUGAGUGAGAUGGCCGUGUUGUCCUGCACAGCCUCGGACGCUGACAUGGACCCGUGCAGCCCCACACGCCUUCUGCACAACAUCGAGAGACAGAGUGCUCAGCUCAGCCAGAUUGUCAGCAGUCUGAUGCCUCCUCACAGCUUUUCACCGCUCUCUAAACAACCACACACCUGGAAAGGCAAGAGCGCCUUCACAAGUGGUCAGAAAGGAGUCUCUCUUUUUGAUCCUGGGAGCUCUACGAGGAGGAGGCUCGCCAAAGCUGAUGUGUCGUGCGUGUGUGCCCGGACCCGACCUCUGGUCACCUACCACAAGCCUAAACUGUUCACCAUCAAGUCCUGCAACCCCAGCAGUCCACAGGACUCCGGAAAGCCCUCGUCUACCAUCUCCUCCUCUCUCUCGUCAUCGUCCUGUUCCUGUUGCUCGUCUUGUGACCCUGUAGACCUGUGCUCUGAUCCAGACUGCAGCUCCAGUAGGUCCCUGUCCUUCAGGGCCCCCAACAGCACACCUCGCCCCGUGCGCUCGCUUUCAUUCGACACUCCUCUGAGAGUGCAGGCCAGAGAAGAGUGGUCCCAAAGGCCCCUGCUCAUCAGUGUCCAACCAUCCAGUCAGGCAUACUACAAGAGACGCAGCUCCACACCACUGCACAACAGUCACACACACAAGCAGCAUGCGCGGCAUCAUAAAAGAAGCGUUAUGGGUCUGUCACCGAUCAGGAGGGCAGGCUCCGCCCAGAGUCAAUGCAGGAGAGCCAAUCAGAGGAAGAGGAAGAGAAGACACAUCCACAGGCUCACAGAAGAUGAGGAAGACGUCUUGUACCAGUUCUGUGACCUAAACAGUUCAGAUGAAGUGCUGGAGGAGAGCUACUCACGCUUCUCACGCAAGAAGGCCUCACAAGGCUUUGCUCGCAAACGCCAGGGAGAUGUGUACAACAUCGACAACAUUGUCAUCCCCAUGUCUCUGGCUAGAGUGGAAAGGCUGCAGUACAAAGACAUCCUGACACCCAGUUGGCGGGGAAUUGACACAUCGCCUCUGAUGGACAGCGAGACAGAGAAGAAGGACGACGAUGAGGAGGAGAAGAAGGAGGAGGAGGAGGAACAGGUGGAGGAUCUCUCUCACACAGUGUUUGCACAGAGACACCUGGACGUGGAGCAGAGGGAGAAAUUACGCUGGUCGUCAUGGGGAAAAAGAAAAUGCUGCAGGCUUCCUGAAAGAUCUGGCAGCAGGUUGUCGGGCAGCGGGGGCGGGAUGUGCACAUCAGGAGAGGAGAGCUCCAUGGAGUUGGGUUGUGCUCAGCUGGAUUCUGGUGAACAGCAAAGCUCAGAGGAGUGGUUGCCUCAGACACCCUGGGAGCCACGAGUGUUUCCUUUGGAUGAAGAUGAGGAAGAAGCUCUUCUCGCUGAUGACCUGGACAAAGUCCCAUCAGGAUGGCCGGAAUUUGGCUCUGCCUGCUCCACUUCGAAGAACUACAACUCCUGCCUCUCCCUAGCUCCGUCAUGUGGUGCUACACCGCCGCCUGGUGGACAGAGCAGCACAUCUCAUGGCAGCUGAUAUCUCCUGAUGCUUGGGACCACAAGCAUAACAUGUGCCAUAGGAACCUUAAUUUGGAUACUUAAUACAUUCCAGAACAGUGAUUUGAUGUUAUUUUCGAAAUGCUUUAAAGAAAAAGUGUUUUGUAGGUGUACUUUGUGAGUAUUGUAGCAUAACUACUGUAGCUUCUGCUACACUUUCAGGUUUUAAUGUAUAAAAGGUACUGUAUGUAAAGAGAUGUGUACCAGCACAACCCCACUGUGGUCUCAGGUUUGUAUACUGUACGUAGUUGACACUUACUAUUUAUUUUCACAGUUGUCUUAAAAAGUCAGCAUAUGAAGACUUUAGCACAUACACAUAUUUAUGUAACUUUUACUUGAUUUACAUGUGCUGUUUAACUUCAUGUUUUUGUGUGUGUUGAUAACGUCAUUUGGUAUAUAUUUUUUAUGAAAGUUAUUAUUAAACAUUUUCCAGCCAGAA